UGUAGCAGCUGUGCUGGAGGACUGCUGAUGAGGAACAAAAUGGGAGCUACUAAGCAGUCAUUUGAAGGCUGGCUAUUAAAAAGAAAAAAGCUAGCUAAUUACAGCUUAAAGGAAGAGGCAACACUUUGUGCAAAAACACCAGAAGGUGGAGUCUGGAUAAGAGCUGUCAGGAGGGCUUUCUGGCCAGUUUGAGGCUGAGUGAUAGCAAUCUCGAACCACAGAUUUGGAGGAGUGGCACCAAAAGGCCUGUUGUUAACACUGAGUGCUUUGCAGGACAAGUAGCACUCCCUGCUUCCUCAGCUGCCUGAAAAUCAAGCCGUAGAUACUGACCUUCAGCCAAAAUAAGGAAGGAAAAAUGCCAGCUUCUCUGAGAAAGCUGCGGCAAAUGGCUGUUUUCAUGGGGCUGUUCAGCGGCGGGGGAUGCAUCGUGAUGUACAAUCUUAUGCAAAGCAAUUUUGCCAGGACCCAGUAUUACCAGCAAGCUUUGGAGCAACUGAAGAGCAAUCCUGAUGCCCUGGCAGCCCUGGGUGCCCCCCCUCUUAAGGUUCACAACAUCCACCUGACAGAUGGGAGCAAUCGCGUGGACACGGAAAGAGCGCGGAUAAAGUUACCAGUCUCUGGAACAAAAUCAGCAGGCUGCCUCUACAUUAAUGCAGAGAUGGACCACUCCCAUCAGCGCUGGUGCCUUCAGGAUGUCACCUUGAAACUGUGGGAUGGUCAGAAUAUUCCCGUUUACCACUCUCCAGUGGAAAGCAUUGGUGUGCAAGAAGGCUAAAAAUCAGGGACAGCUGCAUCUCCGCCUCCCAUUGAGCCAGAGGAGCCAUUAAUCGAUUGCAUCCUGCUGUGUCUGUGAAUGUACACAGUUGUCACAAGUGACAGUUUCACUUAAAGCGGUGCUCUCAAGACAAUUUUCUCUCCAAGAUUUACCUCAUUAUUGUUGCAAUGGUAAUUUCUUUCUUUUGCUGGUUUAUUCAUGUGUUUAACAGAAGCCUAAAAUAAAUAUCUUGCAUAAGAGUUGCUGUUGCAGAGAAGUCAUGUGUUAUGCCCUGUGUGUGCUGGUAUUAU